AUGGCCCAGCAAGACUUUGAAACCUUCAAGCUUGGGGAUUGGGAGCUGCAGAGUGGAGAAAAGCUCAUCAAUGCAUCUAUUGCCUACAAGACAUUUGGUGACCCGAAGUCGCCAGCUAUCGUUUACCCCACAUGGUUUUCCGGGUACAAAACACUCAACCCCAAGACGUACUUCAUCGUCAUACCGGCGCUCUUUGGGAAUGGCCAGUCAACCUCGCCAUCCAACUAUUCCGCUUCCGAUGUAUUUCCGGCAUGUUCGUUCUAUGACAACGUGCGCGCCCAAUACACACUGGUCACACAGCACCUAGGCAUAACGCAUCUGCACGCUGUAGUUGGGUGGUCCAUGGGUGCGGCCCAAAGCUAUCAGUGGGCGACGCAGUACCCAGACUUCAUGGAUUUGGUAGUGCCAUUCUGCGGGUCAGCAAGGACCUCCUUGCAUAACCAAGUGUUCUUGGAGGGGGUGAAAGGUGCGCUGUUAGCAGCAAAACACACGCCUUCUGCUGUCCUGAGAGAUACUCGUUCCCCCGAGGCUGGACAGGAGUCAAGAAUAUGGAAUAACAAGGAGAAGCAAAUCGGGUUGAAAGCCUUGGGUAGGGUUUAUGCUGGUUGGGGAUUUAGCCAAGCUUUCUACAGAGAAAAGCUAGCCUGGAGGACUUCAUGCAAGGUUUCUGGGAGAAGUGGGCUCUCUCCAAAAGUAAGUCGAUUCAAGCCCCUCUCUGUCUUCACUCUUCUAGUUAACGUUGCGGAUCUAGACCCUGAAAAUCUGUUGGCACAUCUGCAAACAUGGCAGCAAGGGGACGUGAGCAAUCAAGAGCCAUAUAAUGGCGACUUUGAGAAGGCCAUGGCCUCAAUCAAAGCGAAAACGUUGGUGUUACCGGGCAAAACCGACCUUUACUUCCCCUAA